GAAACACGACACACCCCUAACAGUGAUGUCAUCUCUUUAUACGCCAUUUUUGUUUGGGAGCAGUCGUGUCUUAGAAAGAGAGGAUUAGAUUGUGUACAGCCAACGGACCACCCGCGCUUCCCGCCACACUCACAGAAUGUCGUCAGAGAACCUGGACUCAGACACUCAGCUGGAAUACGAGGACGAAAAACAGGACUCCCAGGAGAAGAACGCCAACCUCGUGAAGGCCGAGGAGGCCAAGCUGCAGGCCAAGUACCCCGGUCUCGGCCAACGACCCGGCGGCUCCGACUUCCUUAUGAAGCGGCUACAAAAAGGGCAAAAAUACUUUGACUCGGGCGACUACAACAUGGCCAAAGCCAAGAUGAAGAACAAGCAGCUUCCCGUGGCGGGGCCCGACAAAAACCUGGUGACCGGCGACCACAUCCCCACACCGCAAGACCUGCCGCAGAGGAAGUCGUCCUUGGUGACCAGCAAGCUCGCCGGCUAGCCUUUGCUGUGGGAGACCACCCCUCGCCCGUUUCCCCGCCUGCCCCUCACCCUCGUCGAUACACCAACCGCACCACCGCUCCCUCUUUCCGUGUCAUCCGCAGACGACAUCUGGGCGGACUCGUACAGUCUGCUCGUUUUCGGGGCGUCCGGGUACGACGCCCCCUCACCCUACCGCUUGGCUGUCCGUGUUCCGAGAUGGUCGCCGUCAGCAGGUGUGUGGUUUAGCCGGGGGACUUUGUGCACUUUGUAUUUCGCUAAUCGAUGUGCGUCACGGACUCGGGAUCCACCUACGAGGAUGCGGUGCGGGGUUCCGUCUUGCUCGGAUACCGAAUUUUCUGCAGGCGCUUUUACUCGUUAUUCCCUCAGAAAAAAAAAAAAAAAACACGCUGCAUGAUUGUACCUGACGAGAAUUCUUAAACGGGAGAGGGACCAUCAUCUUUUGUGGGGGUUUUUUGUUGUUGUUGCUGUCCGGACAAUCCACGGCGCAGAACUUUAUCCGACGUCUGCUUUAGCCGCAUGCUCCUCACAGUCGUGCUCACACAGGCAUGCCCUUUCUGUGCCGUUCAGUGGUGGAAAUUAGCGCUUCGGAGUGGGAGGAACGUUGGGAUGCUUACGAGAAAAAGACUGUUUCACGGAGGUUCAUCAAGAAUAAAGCACACCAGCCUAAAAGUUCACUCACAUGAUGGCGGUAGUAGUCAUCUUUUGUUGACUUGUGGCCUACCAUUCAACGGGUGCUGCUUCAGUUGGGUUGGGUUUAACUACAAUAUAAUAAAAUAUGUGAAAUGUUGUCAUACCUACUUUGUCAUAUUGCAAGGAAUGAGAUGAUCGUGUACUGAAAUCUGUUGGAGCAUUUAUUUGAGAUCUUUGAUUAUCCAGUAAGUCAUAACAGGUUAAUGCUUACAAUGAAAAUUAAUAUUGUCUUAACCCUUAAAGACCUGCAAAAUGAAGCAAUUAUCAGAGAAUCCCAAAAUUUGAAAAAUAAGGUCCUAAUGAAACCUUUUGUUCAAAUUUGUAAAAAGAAAUGUCAUAAUGAAUAUGUGUAAUAAGCGCUCUAAUAUCUAUAACCCAAGCUAAAUCCUGUUUUUUUCUCAUGGAACCUGCAGAUGCAUGUGUUGACUUGAUAGCAGAUAGUAUGUGGUGUGCACUAGAAAAUAUCUGAAAACAAUCUGGAAACAAUCCAGAAACUAUGUGGUGCACACUUGAUACUGUCGUGCACACUUGAAACUAUCCGGUACGCACCAAAUAGUAUGUGGUGCGCACCAGAAACAAUUUGAAAACAAUCUGGUGAGCAACAGAAACUAUGUGGUGUGCACGAGAAAAUAUCUGGUGCGCACUACAAAACUAUCUGGUGAGUAACAGUAUGUGGUGCACACUAGAAACUAUCUGGUGCGCACCAGAUGGUAUGUGGUGCGAACUAGAUACUAUGUGGUGCAUACUUGAAACUAUCUGUUGAGCACUAGACAGUAUUUGGUGCACACCAGAAAAUAACUGGUUCGCACUAGAUAGUAUGCAGCGUGCUCGAGAAAAUAUCUCAAAACAAUCCAGAAACAAUCCAGAAACUAUGUGGUGCGCACUUGAAACAAUGUGGUACGCACCGGAUAGUAUGUGGUGCACACCAGAAACAAUUUGGAAACAAUCUGGUAAGUACCAGUUAGUAUGUGGUGCGCACUAGAUACUAUGUGGUGCACACUUUAAACUAUCUGGUGAGCACUAGACAGUAUUUGGUGCGCACCAGAAAAGAACUGGUUCGCACUAUAUAGUAUGCGGCGUGCUCUAGAACAGGGGUCCCCAACCUAUUCCACUAAGGCACACUGUGGGUGCAGGAUUUCAUUCUUACCAAACAAGAUGACAACACUUUUUCCCCAAUCUGGUGUUUUACAAGUGCAAUCAGUUGAUUGCAGUCAGGUGUGGCUUGUUUUAGCAGAAGCCUCAUUGGUUCAACUGUCUCUGCUGGAUCGGCUGGAACAAAAACCAGGACCCACAGUGUGCCUUGAGGACUGGGUUGAAAACCCCUGCUCUAGAAAAUAUCUCAAAACAAUCCAGAAACUAAGUGCUGCGCACUUGAAACUGUUGCACACUUGAAACUAUCUGGUACGCACCAGAUAGUAUGUGGUGCGCACCAGAAACAAUUUGGAACCAAUCUGGUGAGCAACAGAAACUGGUGUGCACUAGAAACUAUCUGGUGCACACUAGAUACUGUGUGGUGCGCACUAGAAACUAUAUGGUGAGCACCAGACAGUAUGCGGUGCACACCAGAAACUAACUGGUGCAUACUAGAUAGUAUGUGGUGCACACCAUAAACUAUCUGGAAACAAGGCAAGGCAAAGCAAAUUUUUUUAUAUAGCACAAUUCAGCACAAGGCUGAGUGCACACUUGAAACUAUCUGGUGCGCAUCAGAUAGAAGGUGGUGCGCACCAGAAACAAUUUGGAAAAAAUCUGGUGAGCAACAGAAACUGUGGUGCACAUUAUAAACUAUCUGGUGCACACUAGAUACUGUGUGGUGUGCACUAGAAACUAUCUGGUGAGCACCAGACAGUAUGUAGUGCACACCAGAAACUAACUAGUGCAUAUUAGAUAGUAUGUGGUGCGCACUUGAAACUAUCUGGUGAGCACUAGACAGUAUUUGGUUCGCACUAGAUAGUAUGUGGUGUGCACUAGACAGUCUCUGAAAACAUUCCAGAAACUAUGUGUUGCGCACUUGAAACUGUGGUGCACACUUGAAACUAUCUGGUACGCACCAGAUAGUAUGUGGUGCGCACCAAAAACAAUUUGGAAACAAUCUGGUGAGCAACAGAAACUAUGUGGUGCGCGCUAGAAACUAUCUGGUGCACACUAGAUACUGUGUGGUGCGCACUACAAACUAUCUGGUGAGCACAAGACAGUAUGUGGUGCUCACAAGAAACUAACUGGUGCAUACUAGAUGGUAUGUGGUGCACAACAGAAACUAUCUAGAAACAAUCAAGAAACUGAGUGCGCACUUGAAACUAUCUGGUGCGCACCAGAAACAAUUUGGAAACAACCUGGUGAGCAACAGAAACUAUGUGGUGCGCACUGGAAACUAUCUGGUGAGCACCAGACAGUACGUAGUUCACACCAGAAACUAACUGGUGCAUUCGAGAUGGUAUGUGGUGCACACCAGAAACUGUCUGGAAACGAUCCAGAAACAAUCUAGAAACAAUCCAGAAACUAAGAGUGCGCACUUGAAACUGUGGUGCACACCUGAAACUAUCUGGUGCGCACCGGAUAGAAUGUGGUGUGCAUCGGAAACUAUCUGGUGAGCACCAGUUAGUAUCUGGUGCGCACUAGAAACUAUCUGGUGCGCACAAGAAAACUAUGAGAAUGUGAAGGUGACAAUGUGCAAGUAAUGCAGUAAUAUCUUUAUAGUUGAGUCCAAGAUUGAAAUAAACCUCAACCAUAUCCUGUAUAAUCAUUUUUAGCACGCUAAAACUGCUGGUGUCCGAUGCGUGCCGGCAGUUUGUGUCCUACAUAAGGGAAUUGUGCGCACCAGAUAGUGUAGAUUUUUUUGUACAGACCGCAUACCAGAUGGUUUAAAUUAAUUUUAUUUCUGUCUAUGUCCCUUUAGGGCUGCCUAGUUUCUGAAUACGGGACAAUUCCGUUUUUCAAAGGGACAGUUGACAACCCUAACCUGUCCAUUGAAGAAUUGCUAAACAGUCCAUAGUCUCAGGCAUGCCCGCAACCUAAUAAGACUCAACAAACUUUGCUUAUUACAAAGUAGGCCAUGACGUCCCCUUGACGGUUAGCACGCACGCCUAUUCUCAACGGAGCGCAUACACAUGCCUUGACACAUCGUAGACGCCCCGAGCCUGUCAGACCGCUUGGCAGCGCUGACAAACUUUGAAUUUUAAGUGCGUGACGUUCCGGACGGGCCUUCUUUCAGGAAUUGAGCAGGUGCACGCUAGGCACGUUGCCCGUGCAAAACCGUUUCAUUGUAUGUUUUUAUUUGCAUUAUCCUUGUCUCCAGUUUAAGGUGAAUGCUCCUUGUAAUUAGUUGUAAAAUGAUUCAAUUCGCUUUUUUCCACUCCUGAAAAAGGCAAAACUGUGCAAACUUUGGCACAUUUCAACUGCUAGCACCACUAGUGAAUCACUAGAACAAAAGGUCACUUUUUUAAAAACAGACCUUUACUAUCCCAGCAGGGGGCAGCAACGCACUGCUUUAGAUUUUUGACCUACCCAGUGUGCUCUGUAACAUUUUACUAUUAGUGAAGAGAACAUGGCAUAAUAAAGAGUAGGGGAGGCAGGGGUUGCUGGAAAUCACUCACAGCAGGGGGUGCUGAGGAUAUUAUUUUGUUUUUCUGAUCCAAAACCAGUCGUUUUACUCCAAAUUUGUCCUGCUCACUCUUUCCCCCCCCCAUACAAGCCAUACACAAUUGCAGUACACACACAUGCUGGAUAGUUUACGUACUACUACUAGGCUGCUACAAAGACGGUGUUCUAUUUACUGGAAAUAAAAAUGUACAUAAGUGCUCCAAUAGUCAGCCUACUUGUUGCGUGUGUGAAUACUAGUGUUGCACCGAUACUAGUAUUGUUACCGAUACGGCACUAAAAUGACGUCAUCAGUGUCGGCAAGUACCAGGACCGAUACGGCACUAAAAUGACGUCAUCAGUAUCGGCAAGUACUGAGAGAGAGAGAGAGCGAGAACCAAAAUUGGUAUUUGGCAUGUGGCAAAAUGGAUUUUGCCAUGUGGCAUUUUUUUUUCCCAUGUGGCAUUUUUUUGCAAUGUGGCAAAAUGGAUUUUGCCAUUUGGCAUUUUUUUUGCCAUGUGGCAAAAUAGAUUUGGCCAUGUGGCAUUUUUUUUUUCCCAUGUGGAAUUUUUUUGCAAUGUGGCAAAAUGGAUUUCAGUUUGUGUCAUUUUUUGGGGCGGUAUAUGGCAGUUUUGCAGGCCAUGCACACUCCAUGCCAUUGACGGCCAUGCACGUCCAAAAUUUCCAUUAAUUCUAAAUGGCCGAAAAACUUGUGGCUGUGAUUUUUGGCCAUCCACUUACCAUUACAGCGCAUUGACAUUCAACGGACACCCGAGUCAGGCUAUGCCAUUGACGGCUGUGCACGUCCAAAUUUUCCAUUCAUUUUAAAUAGCAGAAAAAUAUGUUUGGCUGUUUUUUUUUACCAUACACUUUACAUUGGAGUGCAUUGACAUUCAACUGGCAACCAAGUCAGGCUAUGUCACGUUGGCAUUUUUUUUGCCAUGUGGCAAAAUUAAUUUUGCCAUGUGGCAAAAUAGAUUUUGCCAUGUGGCAUUUUUUUUUGCCAUACGGCAUUUUUUUUUGCCAUGUGGCAUUUUUUUUUUUGCCAUGUGGCAAAGUUCAUUUUGCCAUGUAGAAAAAUGGAUUUUGACAUGUGGCUUUUUUGUUUUUGGUAUGUGGCAAAAGUGACUUGGUUUGUGUCAUUUUUUGGGGCGGUACAUGACAGUUUUGCAGGCCAUGAACACUCCAUGCCAUUGACGGCCGUACACGUCCAAAUUUUCCAUUCAUUUUAAAUGGCCGAAAAACAUGUUUGGCUGUUAUUUUUGACCAUACACUUUACAUUAGAGCGCAUUGACAUUCAACUGGCAACCAAGUAAGGCUAUGUCAUUGACGGCUAUGAACAUAUCCCCUCAAAAAAAAAAUGCCACAUGGCAAAAUCAAUUUUGAUUAUGCCAUGUGGCAUUUUUGUUUUUUUCGCCAUGUUUGCAAAAUGGAUCUUGCCAUGUGGUAUUUUUUUUCCAUGUGGCAUUUUUUUGGCCAUGUGGCAAAGUUGAUUUUGUCGUGUAGCAAAAUGGAUUUUGACAUGUGGCUUUUUUUUUGGUAUGUAGCAAAAGUGACUUUGGUUUGUGUCAUUUUUUUGGGGAGGUAUAUGACAGUUUUGCAGGCCAUGCACACUCCAUGCCAUUGACGGCCAUACACGUCCAAAUUUUCCAUUCAUUUUAAAUGGCCGAAAAACGUGUGGCUGUGAUUUUUGGUCAUCCACUUACCAUUACAGCGCAUUGACAUUCAACGGACACCCAAGUUAGGCUAUGCCAUUGACGGCUGUGCUCGUCCAAAUUUUCCAUUCAUUUUAAAUGGCCGAAAAACAUGUUUGGCUGUUAUUUUUGACCAUACACUUUACAUUAGAGCACAUUGACAUUCAACUGGCAACCAAGUCAGGCUAUGCCAUUGGCGGCUAUGCACAUACCCCCCCAAAAAAUGCCACAUGACAAAAAAAUGCCCCAUGGCAAAAUCCCAUUUUGCCACAUGGCAAAAAUAAAUGCCACAUGGCAAAAUCCAUUUUGCCACAUGCUAAAAAAAAUGCCACAUGGCAAAAUUAAUUUUGCCACAUAGCAAAAAAAGCCACAUGGCAAAAUCCAUUUUGCCACAUGGCAAAAAAAAAAAGCCACAUGCCCCCCAAAAACAAAUGCCACAUGGCAAAAACAAUUUUGCCACAUGGCAAAUACCGUUUUUGGUUCUCGGCCAUGCUGUACUGAGAACUGCACAAUCUGUACUGUAGGACCUGUUUACCUAGCAACAGCUGGUCGCCCUACCCAAGAUGGCCGCCAGAUAUGCACAACGCUCCUCAAUGAUAAUAGUCAUUCAAUCGUGUGACGUUCAAUUGUCCUACUGCUGCGUAAGUGGGUUAAUCACUAGUAGAUGGUCAGUUCAUUUGGAGUGAAAGGGUGCUGAACCUUCCCCCUUCAAAUGGAUUGGACCUCUAGCCACUGUGUAAAUGGCAGCUUUGAAAUUGAUAAAAUAAUCUUUUUAAAAUCUGUUAAAAAUAAGCUAGUUGUGGCUUCAUAUUAAUGUCAUUGCAUUGACUUGAAUGAGAAUAUGGCUUCAGGGCGGCCAUGUUGGUAGGGGCAACAAAAGGCAUUUGUUAUGCUUCCGCUGUGAAUUGAAAUGCGUUUAUCACAAAUAGACGUCCAAUCGGUUUAAAAUGGGAGGGUUGGCAGCGAAUGAACGUUUGUUCAUUCGCUGCCAUCAUCUCACUUCAAAUUGAUUGGACGUCUACUAGUGAUAAACUCGUUUAACCAGUUUUAUUUGGUAGUUAGAGCCAAUUUUUAGUGUUAAAAGAACAAAAUAAAUGUAUAUUUUAUAUAUUUUUACAGUAGCGGCCAAUACCACACAGCCAGGUAUCGUUAGCCAAAAAAAUAGUAUCGGUGCAACACAAGCGAAUACAUUGUAAAUAGACUUGUGUGAUUGUUUGAUUCGGUGGUACCUCUAAUUUGAAAGGGGUGUCUUGUAUAAAUACCGCCAUUUCAGGCAAAUUUCUUCUUCAAAUGUGUGGAACGCCAACUAAACAUCUUGCCGUCAUAUCGGAGAAAAAUCACGAGCUACCCCGCAACAGGAUCUGUGACGGUCGCUUGCCGGAAUGUGAACGAGGGUCUCCGUUCUUGUGUUCUCUUCUCGUAUCACAAGUAUAUAAUACAGUAUAUAUUUCACCCUGGCUUGGCAUCACUACAGGGAAACCAGAGGCCUCCAUUGGUUUAAGGACUUUAAAAAAAAAAUUGGGGAAAGACUUUAAAAGAAUUUGGAAUGUUUUACUUGUGUAGGGGAGGUACAAAAAAGGUUUUUUUUGCCAGUAUUUGAAAUAAAAUUUUACAGUAUUAAAGCUGC